CGCGUCAUCUGGCAAGGCAGUGGGCACCGAGUCACCAGGCACGACAGUGGGCACUGGGUCAGACAUUGGAUCGUCUGGCCCGACAGCGGGCAUCGGGUCACCAGGCAUGACAGCGGGCACUGGGUCAUCAGGCAUUGGAUCGUCUGGCUCGACAGCAGGCAUCGGGUCACCAGGUAUGACAGUGAGCUUCGAGUCACCAGGCAUGACCGCGGGCAUGGGUCAGACAUUGGAUCGUCUGGCUCGACAGCGGGCAUCGGGUCACCAGGCAUGACAGCGGGCACUGGGUCAUCAGGCAUUGGAUCGUCUGGCUCGACAGCGGGCAUCGGGUCACCAGGUAUGACCGCGGGCACUGGGUCAUCAGGCAUUGGAUCGUCUGGCUCGACAGCGGGCACUGGGUCAUCAGGCAUGAUAGGAUCAUCAGGCUGGAUCAGCUGGGUACAGGCAUCAGGCUGAAGUGCGGGUGCCGAGGCACCAGGC